AUGCCCCAUAUCGAAAGUAGUGAUGAGUACGUUUUAGGCCGGGAUAUCUCUGGUUCUAUAAGACUUGAUGCUCAGCAUCUACUGUGGCGGCUACAUACUGGGUACGCGUUGCACCCCGCAAUCCCCAGAAGCAGUAAGAUGAAAGUUGCUGAAGUCGGCACUGGCACAGGCAUCUGGCUAUUCGACCUAGCACAGGAGCUUCCGGAUACUGUCUGCCUCCACGGGUACGAUAUCUCUGCCUCACAAUUUCCUUCAAAAGAGCUAUGGCCCCUCAACGUCAAUCUGUGUGUAAUGGACUCUUUACAGGAUCCGCCAGAUUCGUUAUUGGAAAAGUACGAUGUUGUACAUUUGAGAAUGUGGGCAAGCAACCUUAGAACCAAAGAUGUUAAAACUCUUAUCUGCAGCGUUUCAAAACUACUGAAGCCCGGUGGAUACAUCCAAUGGGAGGAGGCAAAUCUCUUGGUCCAAGAAGUUCGAAGUUCGAUCGGCGAAGAGUUUGAACGCAAGGCCAACAAGUUGUUCACAGCCGCAGGCAUAGACUACAGGUAA